GCAUUGAGAAGGUAUAUAAGUAUCCACACCGGCAAUAGCCAGUUAUUGUGUAUCUGAGUGCCAGGCAUGGGAGACCACAUAGCUGCGGUCACCUUUUUUAAGGUAGCUCUGGUGACCUACUGGUGCGUGAUCGUCGCGGCCAAUGCCCAGCGCAGGGAAGAAGCGGACGAGCCGCCCAGAGGCUACGGCGACGGCGGCCCAGAACCGAUAGACCACCAAGCCUCCUCGCCGAUCCUGAUCUUCCGCGGCCACGGUUACGACAACCUCGGCUACGACAGCAAGAUCGAAGACGUGUGGACCUCCAGCGGUCCCAGCACCGGCAGCAAGGGUGGCAAAGGGAGCAAGGGCCCCAACACGGGUUACUUGGCGCCCGCCGCCGGCUCAGGAGAUUGGGACAGCAGCAACACAAAAGGGGAGCAGCCCCCAAGCAACGGCUACCUCACGCCUCACAAGGGUGGGGACACCCCCAACACAGGGUACCUGGCGCCAGACAAGGGUCAGUCGCAUAGCAAGGGUGGUGCGUCUGCGUGGAAGGGCGGCCAGUCGAGUGGGGGUUGGGACGCUAAUAAGGGUCAUGGCGGGUCAUCUGGCUGGGACUCGUCAAACAAAGGUCACGGAGGAGGUGGUAGCUCAGGGUGGGAUCAGGGAGGAAACAAAGGUUACGGGGGUGGGGGUAGCUCAGGUUGGGAUGAGGGAGGAAACAAAGGUUACGGGGGUGGGGGUAGCUCAGGGUGGGAUCAGGGAGGAAACAAAGGUUACGGGGGAGGGGGUAGCUCAGGGUGGGAACAAGGAAACAAAGGUUACGGGGGAGGGGGUAGCUCAGGGUGGGAACAAGGAAACAAAGGUCACACUGGCGGUGGCUCAGGGUGGGAUAGCGGUGCCAAAGGUCACGGUGUAGAGUACGAAGGGAAUGUUGGACACUACGGACCUCCGAACACCGGUUGGGAUAAUAAGGGGCAAAACUCAGGGUGGGACAAAGGUCAGAAUUCAGGGUGGGACUCUUCCAGUUCGCAGGGCGGUUACGGAGGAGGAAAUCAGGGGUGGAGCCAGCAGGGUGGCGGCAAGGGUCAGCAAGGCUGGGAACAAGGAAAUAAGGGUUGGAGCCAAAAAGGUCAGCAGGGAGGUUAUGGAGGACCUCCGUCUGGCGGUUGGGAUCAGAGUAAUAAGGGCUACGGAGGCGGCCAACCUCAGGUUGGCUGGGAACAGGGUGGAGGCGGCGGAGGAUGGAAUAAGGGCCAAAAGGGUGACGGGUGGCAGCAAGGACAGGGGCAACCUGGAGGGUGGUCAGGCUGGAUGAACGUCAUGAUGCAAGGGUGGAACAAAGGCGGCGGCUACGGAAACGGCGGCAGCAAGGGCUUCGGAGGCGCCGGAGUUUGGACGCCGAACCAACGCCCGCAGCAAUCAGGAGGCGGCGGUUGGCCAAUGAAAGGAAUGUGGAGCAACGGCUACGACCCUGACAACGACCCCUGGUCUCAAGGUGGAGGCCACGGAGCUGGUCCCUCAGGAGGCGGUUACGGAGGCGGACCCCAAGGAGGCCAUCAACAGGGCGGUGGAUACGGAGGAGGCUCUUCCCACGUAUCUGGAGGUUUCGGAGGUGGUCAUCAAAGUACGUCAGGGUACGGAGGCGGCCCUCCCAGAGGUGGUCAACACGGUGGGCCCCCUGGAGGUCAUGGAUAUGGGGGCGGCUCUGAAGGCCACGGACAACAAGGAUAUGGAGGUGGAGGCGGCUUUGGUGGACACGGAGGUGGCCAAGGAGGUUACGGAGGCGGCCAUGGGGGCCACGGAGGCGGCCAUGGAAGUAGCUUUGGAGGUGGCGGCCACGACUGCAGAGAGCACGGAGGACUGAGGGCGGGCAGCGCCGUUUGGGAGUCGAGAGAGCCCGCAGGCUGGGGCACUGGCAGCUACGGCCAGCGGUGGACACCGGACGGCCACAGAGUUGCCACAGGUUCUGAGGUAACUUAUCGCGAGUACCAUUACAGCUCAGAAAAUCUCAACGGACCGAGUCACCCGAACGAGGGUGGUCACCCGUCGCACCACAACUCUCAUCAACAGUACAACAACCACUACAGAGAGUACCUUCUGGAAAGGGGCGCCGACGAUCUCGCCAGCAGCAGUGCCAGACCUGCAGUCGAGGCCACAACCGCCAAAUCCUUGUAGUUGAAAAACUUUGUCCUUUGUAAAUAUCUCGUAUUUAUAAUUUAAUUAAUUUAUAUAUGAGCACAAAAUAAACUAUUAUACAAAAA